CCCAAUUUGGAGCGCUGAAGAUUCGACAUUGAAAAAGAUGGCUUCGAUCCAGACCGCCGUGCGGUCGACUCAGAAGGUCGCCCACAAUGCCUUGAGGCGGCGGCCCAUUUCCGACGUUGCAAUCACCCGAACCGGCAAGCCUAUCCUACGGACCCAGGGUGGAAGGUCCUCCCUCGGCGGUCACACGGCCACCGUAUUUGGCGCAACUGGCCAGGUGGGACGCUACAUUGUGAAUCGUCUCGCACGCCAGGGGUGCACGGUUGUCGUGCCGUAUCGCGAGGAAAUGGCCAAGCGCCAUCUCAAGGUCACGGGCGAUCUUGGGCGGGUGGUCUUCUUGGAAUACGACUUGCGGAACACCGAAUCAAUUGAGCAGAGCGUUCGGCAUUCUGAUGUCGUCUACAAUCUGGUCGGCCGGAACUAUCCCACCAAGAACUUCUCUCUGGAGGACGUACAUGUCGAGGGCACCGAGCGGAUAGCCAGCGCUGUCGCGAAAUAUGACGUGGACCGCUUCAUCCACGUCUCGAGUCAUAGCGCCAACCUCGACUCCCCUUCCGAGUUCUAUCGCACCAAGGCCAGGGGAGAGCAAGUUGCCCGCAGCAUCUUUCCCGAGACGACCAUCGUUCGGCCUGCCCCCAUCUUCGGCUUCGAGGACAAUCUGCUUCUGAAGAUAGCCUCGACACUGAGUCUCUUUACCGCUAAUAACAUGCAAGAGAGGCUUUCUCCGGUCCACUCUAUUGACGUCGGCCACGCUCUCGAACUCAUGCUUUACGACGACAGCACCGCGGGACAGACGUACGAGCUGUACGGACCGAACGAAUACACCAUGGCCGAAAUAGCCGAGAUGGUAGACCGAGAAACGUUCAAGAAGCUCCGACACAUCAAUGUUCCCAAGCGGAUUCUGCAGCCCCUCGCCGGCCUCCUUAACCGGUUCUUGUGGUGGCCUAUCAUGUCUGCCGACGAGGUUGAGCGCGAGUUCAUCGACCAGCAAUAUGACGAGACGGCGAAGACAUUCAAGGAUCUCGGGAUCGAACCGGGCGACAUUAGCAAGUUUACAUACCAUUACCUGCAAGGAUUCCGUAGCAGCAACUUCUACGAUCUUCCCCCGGCUACUGAGAAGGAGAAGAGGGAGGAGCGGAAGUACCUGCACGUUGGUGAGGAGCUGUAAAAAAAAAGUCACAUCCUAUUCUGGAGAGGGGCAGGGUGAAUGCUGCGUUGGCUAUCUACUUGGAAGCGACAUUGGUAAAUAGGUGAUAUAGAUG